UUUUAAUUCCGAAGAAGAAUUAGAAGAAAAAAUAUGCAAUUAUUAUAAGCAAAUGUUCCAAUAAUAUUUUACUCUUUACGUGCAGUAUAAGAUUUUUUACAUGCUAGAAAACGAACCGGUGUAUUACACAUGUCGAUGAAUCAUCGUUACUUCCCGAACCGCAUCAUGUUCGGUUGCUCAAGAAAUCAUACGACGAAUUUUUCACCGCAAACCUGAAUUACUUGAAAGAAUAAAUUGCAUCUCGUGAAGAGGAGAUCGAUGACCAAGACGCGUUAAACGAGAAUCACGCCCUUAACAAAUCCACGAAAGAGACUUAGUACUCGGUAUAAAUUACACGAAGAGUUUGAUUCUCUGCUUUCUAUUCUGCGACGAAUGAAUAGACUUCGGAAAUCAUGCAUGAACCGGUGAUAUGUUGGAGAGCAAACUGGAAAUUUAUGCCAAUGGACAAAAAUCCGGAAUCGAGCGCUGACGAAGAGGAAUUGAUAAAAAUGGAGACAGAGAGGGUGAUGGUUCCAUCUGAUCCAUCAGAAUGGAAUUCAAACCACAUAGCGUCGUGGAUUUCGUGGUGCAGUCGUGUAUUUACCGUAAAACCACCACCGGAUCCUGCAGAAUUUCCAUCGACCGGAAAGGAAUUGCUGAAACUAUCAUCCGACUUUUGGAGGGGUAUUUCUGGCGGUAAAAUUUUGGCCAGACAUCUAGGAUAUCUUCAGCUUCAAGCAACCGGCGUAGAAACGCCGGACUUGUUGCAAGAGGAAACCAUUGCUGAAAGGUUCAGCCUCCUACAACGUUCUUGCUCGUUGAUUGGAUCAACAGCUGGAGCCAGCGGUUCCGGGGCGGUCGGAGGCGGACAGGUUCAACUCUGGCAAUUCCUGCUGGAGCUACUCUCGGAUUCGUCGAAUUCAUCCUGCAUCGCGUGGGAAGGUUCCAACGGGGAGUUCAAACUUACCGAUCCGGAUGAGGUCGCACGCAGAUGGGGCGAACGAAAGAGCAAACCGAACAUGAACUACGACAAACUGUCGAGGGCGCUCAGGUACUAUUACGACAAAAAUAUAAUGACAAAGGUGCACGGGAAACGCUAUGCGUACAAGUUCGAUUUUCAUGGACUGAUGAUGGCUUGUCAAGCACAAGCGGGUGUCACGUUGGAAACAACCCCAUCCCGAGGUACAGGAGCAAAUUGUCAUCCCCAUCAUACACAUCAUCUGUAUCCAACAGGAGCAUCAAGUUCGCAGCACUCAUCGGUGUCGCAUCCUCCACCGCCGCCUCCACCACCUCCGCCACAUUACUGUUGGCCUUAUAGAUAUUCCCCGCCGACAUAGCAUUGUUUUUCGUUUAUGACAACGUGCCAAAUUCCUUGACACAUGGAACAUCUUUAUAUAGAUACAAUGAGUAAAGUUUCUUUUUCUUUUAGUAAUUCUGUUAAGAGAAGAAGAGAGCUGUAGAAAGCUUUUACUCAUGCAUUUUACUCAUUAAGUGGUGUCCAUUAUUUAAUUAACCGGUGAUGAAGGAUAUAAAUUUUUUUUGAUACAAAAAUUCUUUGAGUUAUUAAGCAAAUGUAAGUGAGAAUUUUUUUUAUGUACAAUGUACACUAUACAACGAAGAGUUUAGCAGAGUAAAGAGAAAUGUUUGUAUACUUAUCUGUAAGAAAAGAGUAAUUGUAAAUAUAAAUAUCUUAUAGGUAGAUGUAUUUAAACAAUAGCGAUGAUGUUUUAGAAGUAAUAUGUAUGCGUAUUUUAUUUAAAGUGGUGUACAGUUUGAACAUAAGGUUUUUUACUUUUAAAUUAUUAAGACAUUCAACACGUACUUUAGAGUAAAUAAAAUUCCUUAUAAAGUAUACUGUAGUUUAAUUAUUUUUAAGGAUGGUGAAGUGGAAUA